AUGUUUCUGCUCAGAUGUGAGCAGGUUAGCAGACUAAGUGGACCCAGUGAACUGGAUCAGGCACCAUGUGGUCCAGGACUCGCAGACUUUGAUGCUAGCAAUGCAGACUGGGACUCUGUGGCCGAGGUUAAUCCUAGCCGCCUUCCUUACCGGUCUGGAGGUCUGAGGGUCUAUGAAGCGGUUAGACCAGCACAGACCAGCAGGAGUGCUGGUUUUAAAGUGGACCGCUUGGACCUUCGCCUGGUUGGUCUUCCAGAGCAGGAAUCCAGAGUCCUGAGCAGCAGCAGCGGCGGCGCGGCGCUGUGUGUCCCUGCUGAUCUCUCCUCUCUGCUGUCCGUCCUGUCUCACACUGAGAGCGCCCUGCAGUGGAGACACCAGGAACUGCAGGGAGCCGAGCUUUCUGUGCAGCGGCUCAACGAGGAGAAAAGCUCUCUGCAGCUCAGACUGGAACACACACACACUGAGCUCACACACACUCUGGACCUGCUGAGAAGUGAGCGCGAGGAGGCGUCUUUUCUGCGUCCGCAAGUGGAGGAGGUGCAGAGGGAGCGAGACCGGCAGGAGGAGGAGAGGAGUGAGGAGGAGGUGCAGAGGGAGCGAGACCGACAGGAGGAGGAGGUGAAAAGGAGGGAGGAGGAGGUGCAGAGGAGAGAGGAGGAGGUGCAGAGGAGGAAGGAGGAGGUGAAGAGGAGUGAGGAGGAGGUGCAGAGGGAGCGAGACCGACAGGAGGAGAGGAACAAACAGCUGCAGACGGAGACACACAGACGAGUCGAGACGAAGCUGCUGGAGAACGAGCAGCUGACAGAGAGAGAAACCGUCCACCUGCAGGAGCUCCACAGUCUGAAGGGGGCGCUGGAGAGAGAGCAGCUGGACAGACAGAGAGCAGAAGAAGAAGCUGCUGACGCCAGAGACGCCCUGCAGAAGGUCAGGGAGGCGGAGCUGCGUCUCUCGGCUUCGGAGCGUCUGCUGCAGCGCGACGUUGACGAAGGACGAGACGCUCUGGACAGAAUGGCCGCGUUGAGCUCGGCUCUGGCGUCAGAGAAAAGAGAACUGAACAAGAAGCUGCUGCAGGUGGAGUGUGAGCUGGCAGACAGCCAAUCACAGCUACAGGCUCUGAGGUCAGAGGUCAGCUCUCUGCAAAGAGAAAUCCAAACCUUCACCAUGGACUGCAGUCUGCUCAGGACGCAGAGAGAGGCGGAUGCUGGCGUCGUCCAUCAGCUGAGAGAAGGAGAGCGAGAGAUGGAGAGAAUAAUGGAGGAGAAGGAGAGGAAGUUGGUUUCCCUGACGGCGAAGAGAGAGAAAGACGGCCAACAGCUGGAGGAGCUGUCCUCCCAGCAUGCGUCGGUAUGCAAGGAGCUCGGGGAGCUGCAGGAGCAGCUGCAGCAGGCCCAGAAGGAAGCGAGGAGGAGGCAGCGACAGCAGGAGGAGGCGCAGAGAGAGAGCAGGAGGCUGCAGGAGGAGCAGGAAAGUGUGCAGAGACACAGGGAGCAGCUGGAGGAGGAGCUGCAGGAACUCAGGUCUCUGUCAGUGAGCCUCCAGCAGCAGCUCAGCCAGCAGCAGCGGAAGCUUUCACAGUCGGAGGUCGACCGAAGUCAACUGAGCGUCCACAUUCAGACUCUGCAGCAGGUCAAAGACACACUGCACGGAGAGAUCGAGUGUCUCAGAGGAGAACUGGAGCAAGUGACGGCUCGAAGACAAGAUAAGUGUGAGAGGAGCGACGAGGAGAAGGAGGCGCUGAGGGAGGAGAUGGAGAGGCUGAACGAGGAGGCGGAGAAGCUGAGGAAGACCAGGAGGAAGGAGGAAGAAGAGAGGAGGGAGGAGAGGGAGGCCUGGCAGAGAGAGAGGGAGUCACUGAGUGAGGAGCUGGGGAUGAGGGAUGGAGAGGUGGAGGUGCUGAGGAGGCGAACAGAGGGACUGACGGAGGAGAAGGAGGAGAGACAGAUAGAGGUGGAGAAACUGAGGGAGGAGCUGAGCGUGGCUAAGGAGGAGCUGGAGGAGAAGAAGGAGGAGGUGGAGCGGAGGGAGCGCAACCUGGAGAAGCAGAUAAGUGCUGUGAGGGAGCGCGAGGAGGAAGUGGAGGUGCUGAAGGAGCGCUUGAGGCUUGUGGAGGACCAGGAGGAGGUGAAAGUGAGGGAGUGUCAAGAGGCAAAUCACAAACUGAAAGAGAAGGAGGUGAGAGAGGAGCAGCUGGAGGCGCUGUUGAGAGAAACCCGGACACUCCUGGAGAAACAGAGGAGGCAAGGAGAAGAAAAGGACGACAGAAUCUCCUCCCAGGCCAGGGAGCUGCAGGAGGCGCAGGCAAAGAGGGAGGGGGCACAGAGGGCUGCCAGGGAGAGGGAGGAGCUCCACCACAGGCUGGAGGAGGAGGUGAAAGAAGGGAGAGCGAAGGCCCUGUGGAGGAUGGAGGAGGAGAGGAGAAAGAGGCAGGACAACAAGCUGAAGGAGGUGGAGGAAGAGAUGAGGACACAGGAGGAGAAAGUGAGAGAGGUGGAGGAGGAGCUGGAGGAGGAGAGGGAGGUGCUUAGAAGAGCCAGGGAGGAGAGGAGGAGACUGGAAGAUAGAUGGAAAGACAUAGAGAAGGAGGUGAAGAAGCUAAGAGAGGAACUGAGGAUGGCAGAGGAGGAGAAGAGGAGGCUAGAAAACAAACUAAAGGAGACUGAGGAGGAGGUGCUGAGGAAGGUCAGGGAAGAGAAGAGGAGGCUGGAGGAUGAGCUGAAGAUGAAGGAGAACGAAUUGCAUGAACAAAUGGAGGUGCUGAGGAAGGCAGAGGAGGAGAGGAGGAGGUUGAAGGAUGAACUGAGGGAGGUGAAAGAGGAGGGAGGAAGACUGGUGGAGAACAAGAGGAGUCAGCACCUCCUGGUGGAGGAGAGGGUGAGAUCCAGAGUGAGAGAGUUGGAAGAGGAGAAGGCAGGACUGUCAAUGGAGCUGAGGAGGAGGGAGAGGGAGGUGAUAGCUCUCAGAGAGGAGGUGCAGAGAGAGAGGGAUGAGGCACAGGAAGAGAUCAUGAGGAGAAAACAGGAGGUGUCUCUCCUGAGAGAAGAAGUGCAGAAGGAGCAGAGAGAUAGGGAGGAGGUACAGGAGGAGCUGAGGAGCAAAGGGAAGGAGGUGACAGCUCUGAAAGAGGAGGUGCAGAAGGAGCGAAAGGAAAAGGAGGUUGUACAGGUGGAGGUGACAGCUCUGAGAGAGGAGAUGCAGAGGGAGCAGAGGAGGAGUGAGAGGGAUGUGUUUGUACUUAAAGAGGAGGUGCAGAGGGAACAAAAGGAGAAGAUGGAAGCCCAGGAGGACCUGAAGAGUAAAAGGAAGGAGGUGUCAUCUCUCAGAGAGGAGGUGCAGAUUGGGCGGAGGAGAAUGGCAGAGGAGUCGAUACUGAGAGAGGAGGUGCAGAACGAGCGGAGGAGAAUGGCAGAGCAGGAGUCGAUACUGAGAGAGGAGGUGCAGAACGAGCGGAGGAGAAUGGCAGAGGAGGAGUCGAUACUGAGAGAGGAGGUGCAGAACGAGCGGAGGAGAAUGGCAGAGCAGGAGUCGAUACUGAGAGAGGAGGUGCAGAGGAAACAAAGGGAACGAGAGGAAAUAGAAAAGAAGUUUAAGAGGAGCGAGAAGGAGGCAAAGUCUUUUAAAGAGGAGGUGCAGAAGGAGCAGAGGAAGAGGGAGGAGGCUCAGGAGGAGCUGAGAGGAGUUCAGGUUCAGGUGUCUGAGCUGAAUCGGAGGCAGGAGGUGAAGGAGGAGGAGACGCAGCAGAUGAAGGAGGGCCUGAGAGCUGCUGUGGAGGAGAUGAGCACCCUGAAGCUCCUCCUGCAGGACAGUCACAGCGAGGGGGAGCGUCUGAGGAGCGCCCUGAAGGACAGGAUCAGGGAGGAGAACCUGAACUCUGCUAGGGAGGAGGUGGAGAAGGAGAGAGGAGAGGUGGAGGAACUGAGAGCCAGAGCCAAGGCCCUGGAGAGGAGGAGGAGGGAGCUGAUGGAUGAGCUGCAGGAGAGUCGACGACAGAAGGAGACGGCAGAGGAGGAGAGGAGGGAGGCCGAGGUGCGAUGGAGUAGCCGAGUGGUAGAGAUGGAGGAGGAGCAGGAGGUGAAACUGAACACUUUGGCAAGAGAAAUCCAAACACUAAAGGAGAAGGAGAAAGAGAUGCAGAGAAAGUGGAGGUCCAGGAUGGAGGAGCUGAAAGCAGAGAGGAGGAGCAGAGAGGAGGAACAGAAAGCAGAGAGGAGGAGCAGAGAGAAAGGUGAGGAGAUGAUGGACGGACAGGAGAAGCAGCAGGAGGAGCAGCAGGAGGAGCAGCAGCAGGAGGAGCAGCAGCAGACCUCCUCUCUACUGCAAGAGAACGAGGAGAUGUUGAAGCUGCUGAAGCAGAAAGAAGCCGAGGUGUACGCUAUGACUCAAAGGACGGAGGAGCUGGAGAAGGACAGGGAUCGCGUCCGAUUGGCUCUGGAGAGAACAGAGGCGGCUAUGAUUGGCUACAGGGACAGAGCCCACCAACAGGAGGGGGGGGCGGGACCAGGAGAGGGACUGGAGGACAGGUUGCAGGUUUUACGGACUCUUGUCGCUGAACUCGAGCUGGAACAGAAACGACUGAACAAGAAAAACUCCCACCUGAAGAGAGACAGAAACACACUGAGAGACACACUAAGACAGGUGGAGGAGGAGCGGACGAGGCUCCGACAGCAGAUGAAUGACAGCAGCAGAUCUCAGGUCUCUGCAGACACCACAGAAGAAGAGCAGCUGAGGAGCAGAGUGAUGGAGCUGGAGGACCAGCUGACUCAGCUCCGUCUCUCAUUGGCUGAGGACCAGCAGCAGAGGGAGGAGUUUAUCCAGCAGUCCUCCAGAAACAGCCAAUGGCUGCUCUCGCUGAGACACGACCUCACUGAUUCGCUGGCUGCCGUCACACGCCGUCCAAUCCCGUCGGUCCUGGAGUCUGAGACGCAGCGAUUGGACCGUAGCCUGAGGGAGGAGGAGCUUAGGAUGUCCCUCAGCCAAUCGUAGCACUGCUCACCAAACCUGGGCCCUGUUGCCAUGGAAACCACUUCCUUGUUUUAAAGGUUACUGUAGAUCAGCUGAGGGUCAAAGGUCAGCUGUAUUUGUGUUAUAAUAAAGUUCCUUUUUUAAAAAUCUA